GCAGCGAUAGCCGAGAUUCGAAAUCUCACGCCGAUCUGAUCUCCACCUCACACCCCUCUCUCUGUCGUUCUCUCUCACUUUUCCACUGCAAGUCCCUCACUGUCAAUCCAAUGUCCCAACUUACAGAUUCUACCGAUACUCUCGCUUCCGUCGCCAUUGGCUAGUAUCCCUUCUUUUACUCUUUAAAUUUUCAAUUCUCUCCAGACUUCAAGUAGACCACAACCACUUCCCCUUCUUCAACCUCCGUUUCUGUUUAGGGUUUCGCCAUGGCACUUUCAUAAUUUCUUCUUCAAUGGCCGCUACUUCUAGCGGUUUAUCCGCUCACCUCCAUUUCAAGCUCACUCGUCUCCACAUUUCUCCGCUGCAUACCACUGUUUAUGGAUUGCAGCUCAGUAAGAAGAAGAGGAGGACAGUCGGUGUUAGUCCAAUCACUUGUUGCUGCUCUGACUCUGUUGUGAAAAACGAACAGAAGUCCUCUCAAUCUCAUAGAAUUCGUGUCCAAGCCACUCCAGCAUUGCCUUUUGCUUCUCCUCAGUCUCGAUUUGUUUCAAAGCAAGAGAAGUUUUCUCCUCGUUGUACCCCAAGAAAUUCUGGUCCUCAAUCCAGAGACACCCCACCAAAAAGAGACACUGGUAUAGCUAAUGAAAAGGACUGGGGCAUCAACUUGUUGAAUGAAAAUGUUAAUGAAUCUGGCACUAAUGAAGAUGGUAGUACUUGGUACCGGGAAAGUGGAGAAGACCUGGGUGAAAAUGGGUACAGAUGUAGAUGGACAAGAAUGAGCGGACGAUCACAUGAUGAUACCUCAGAAUGGAAGGAAACGUGGUGGGAGAAAAGUGACUGGACUGGGUACAAAGAGCUAGGUGUGGAGAAAUCUGGAAGGAAUGCUGAAGGGGAUUCAUGGUGGGAGACAUGGCAAGAAGUGCUCCAUCAAGAUGAAUGGAGUAAUCUGGCAAGGAUAGAGAGGAGUGCACAGAAACAGGCAAAAUCAGGGACUGAAAAUGCUGGCUGGUAUGAGAAAUGGUGGGAGAAAUAUGAUGCUAAAGGCUGGACAGAGAAGGGGGCACACAAGUAUGGUAGACUAAAUGAGCAGUCAUGGUGGGAGAAGUGGGGAGAGCAUUAUGAUGGAAGAGGAUCUGUUCUCAAAUGGACAGAUAAAUGGGCUGAGACUGAGUUGGGAACCAAAUGGGGUGACAAGUGGGAGGAGAAGUUCUUUGCUGGUAUAGGUUCUCGCCAGGGUGAGACAUGGCAUGUUUCUCCAAGUGGUGAACGUUGGUCAAGGACAUGGGGAGAGGAACAUUUUGGAAAUGGUAAAGUUCACAAAUAUGGAAGGAGCACGACAGGUGAAAGCUGGGAUAUUGUUGUAGACGAGGAAACCUAUUACGAAGCUGAACCUCAUUACGGAUGGGCUGAUGUUGUGGGUGAUUCAACCCAGUUGCUAUCAAUUAAACCUCGGGAGAGACCGCCUGGAGUCUACCCAAAUCUUGAUUUUGGAUCAUCUCCUGCAUCUUCAGCUGAUGAUGAUCAUUCUGCAGAUUUGCCUCCCUCUCUACAGUGAAGAGCUAAUUUUUAGGCUCUAUAUUUUGCUUUAGGUGAUUUCUUAUUGAUCUAAAUUCAAUCUCCUUUUCCCUGUUUGGAAACUAGAAAUUUUAUAAUAAUUUAAUUUGAUUUAAUUGAUUUCUUUUUUCUUUUCAA